UGAAUUGCAGCAGUCAGUGCACAAGGCAGCUCUUUUUUCUGAUACUGUGAUCCCUGCAGUGUUGGGGGCACUUGGACUUUAAAGGCAAGAAGCAGAAUUUAAAGGAAAUCCCAGAACUUCAGCAAACAUCCACACAUUUUCCAUUUUGGCUGCAAAGUGACCGGCGCUUGGUGCGGAGAUGGGGAACAUGGACGGGAAAGCUGUGGAGGAGCUGAGCACUACCGAGUGCCACCAGUGGUACAAGAAGUUCAUGACGGAGUGUCCUUCAGGCCAGCUCACCCUCUACGAGUUCAAACAGUUUUUUGGCUUGAAAAACCUGAGUCCAUCAGCGAACAAUUACGUUGAGCAAAUGUUUGAGACGUUUGACUUUAAUAAGGAUGGAUACAUAGAUUUUAUGGAGUAUGUGGCAGCCCUGAGCUUGGUCCUGAAAGGGAAGGUGGAUCAGAAGCUGCGAUGGUAUUUCAAGCUCUAUGAUGUAGACGGAAAUGGCUGCAUUGACCGGGGAGAACUGCUGAACAUCAUCAAAGCCAUCCGAGCUAUCAACCGGUGCAACGAUACAAUGACAGCUGAGGAAUUCACAAACAUGGUGUUUGAUAAAAUUGAUAUAAACGGAGAUGGUGAGCUCUCGCUGGAGGAGUUCAUGGAGGGCGUACAAAAGGACGAAGUGCUGCUCGACAUCCUCACCCGCAGCCUGGACCUGACACACAUCGUCAAGUUGAUCCAGAAUGAUGGGAAGAACCCGCACGCCUCGGAGGAGGCAGAGGAGGAUGCCCAGUAGGCUCCAGGACACGUUCCCUCUAUCUUUUCUCCCCUCCCAUCACAUUAUUGAAACAAAACAGCCUGUGACUGCGGGAGCCGGGGAGCUGCCCCAGCGCCAGCGUGAUGAGGCGUUAGAGCAUCCCACUAGCACAGUACCGGCGUCCCCUCGAAGGCAUCGCUCCUGUGGCAGACGGCUGGGCAGGACCCAGGGCAUGCCGGGCACUGACUGGUCCAUCCCUUCCCGAGCACAGCCGUGCUCACCCUGCAGCAGGACGGGCUGGGUGAGGAGGGGGAGCUGCGGUGCUGGAAACAAGCAGCCAAUGUGGGGCCACCAGCACCCGCUGCUAUUCGGGUGCCUCUGAAUGUUGCUGCUGCGUAGCUGUGCAGAGCCUCCCCUCCCUGGGGAAGGAGAGCUGGAGCAUGCAGUGCAUUAAACUACCAAUAGGGCAGACAAAGCUCACACCAAGCUAGUGGCCAACGCCAGCAUCCACAUCACGUGUGCGUCUUGACACGAAGAGCUCAGCUAGCACAAGGGGUCUGCUCGUGCAUGCGGACCUCCCCGGGGCACAGACCUGGUGCGGUGAAACAGGGCGCAUCUGCCUGCAGAGACCUGAGCUGGCCCUCUGCAGAGGUGAGUGCCCCCUCUAAGAGCAGGGUAGUAUUCGACUGUAUGAGGCCUAGAAAGCAGAUCUGAACCUUCUCUUUCCAUACACAUUUUCAGAGCAUCCUUGAUGCUUUCCCCCAGAGCAAAUGAGACCAGGGGUUUGGUCACUCAUUCUGUGAUUUGUUAUCAUGUUAGCAAUAAUUAGUGAUAUUAUAAGAUAAAAACAUCUACAGCUAGGAAAAGGAGAGUGGUAAAUGCAGUGGCUUUUCUUUGUUUUAAAGCAUUAAAAACAGAGAAUGGUGCCUUUUUUUUUUUUUUUUUUUUUUUUUAACAACUAUCUGAACUUUAAGGGUUUGCUACUCCCUGAAAUACCUGGAAGGGCUGCAGUGGCGGUGACCUGAGAGGCACUGGUUUCACAUGUGUUUGCAGGAAUAUUCCUGCAUGUUUUAUUACUUGUACAACAAACUCUUGUGCAGGUUAUACUCUGUGGCGCCCUCGAGCA